AUUUAUCUUCCGUUUCACUCCUUUCACAUCAUGCACAAGCUGCAUGUGCUGCCGCUUCGCGACCCAUCACAUGCUUACUCUUAAGUUGGAGUAUGAAUCCAAAUGCAAGGGAAUUAACUUUCCCAACUGGACAACCCAGGAAAUACUACAGGGUAGCUUGGAAAUGUUUCGAUCAGCAACAUUUUGGAUUGGCGUUGGGCAACUUCCUACUGACCGCCAAACUUUGUCCACAUGAAGCAGCUGAGCUCAUAGGGCCAGUGAAUUUAUGCUUGGAAAGGGCCACUUUGUGGUUGGAGCAGGAAGGGAGACAUCAAGAAGUUUUGAGAAUACAUGAAUCUGUCCUCCAAACAUUCCCUGAAAAUGGGAAAGCUUUGAAUGGUCUGGGAGAAUACCUUUUCAGGCAUGGCCACGUGCUGGAGGCGGCCGGCCACUUCCUGCGCGCCGCGCUGGCCGAGCCGGGGCUGGUGGUGGCGCGUGACAACCUGGACCGCGCCAACGCCCAGCUCGUCGAUCGCUGGCAUUUCACCAUGCUCAACGACUCGGUGCGGAACACGUCGUACCGGCGCGCCGUGCGGGCGGCCGUGUCCCGGCUGCGGGACGGGGACCUGGUGCUGGACGUCGGCGCCGGCACGGGCCUGCUCAGUAUGAUGGCCGUAGAGGCAGGUGCCAGCUCCGUGUACGCUUGCGAGAGCUCGGAGCUGAUGAGCCAGGUUGGUGCCACCGUUCUGAAGGACAACAACAUGGCUGACCAGGUUCAUCUUAUCGCCAAGCCAUCGCUCCAGCUGACAGUUGGCGCAGAUCUACCCAAGAAGGCGGCGCUGCUGCUCACCGAGACGUUCGACGCCGGCCUGCUGGGGGAGCACGUGCUCUCCGCGUUGCAGCACGCCUGGGAACACCUGCUGCUGCCGCCCAGCGACGGCGGCCGCGUGCUGCCCGCCGCCGCCACCGUUCGCGCAUGCGCCGUGGAAAGUGAUUACCUGCGCGUGCGGCUGACGGGCGUCAGCGGCGGUCAGCGGCUGCGGCGACGGCUGGAGGAGCCGUACUGGUCGGAGCGGCUGGACCACAUGCCGGGCGGCUACCGGCGCCUGUCCGAGGACGUGACGGUGUACCGCGUGAACUUCAACGACCCCGCGGACAUAGCGCUCGGCCUUGCCGGCCUACAGUCGCGCCACGUGAUCGCCUGCACAGCCGCCGGUCGGCUAGACGCGCUGGUCACGUGGUUUCAGUUGGAACUUGGCGGCGGCGUUGUGUUGAGCACAGCACCAGGCCUGCCCACCUGCUGGGAGCAGGCAGUGUACCCGGUGCCGGCCGACCGGGGCGUAGUGGAAGGCGAGCGGCUGGAACUGGAACUGUCCUGCGUCGGCCACCUGGAGCUCCGGCUCCGACAGAUCGACGGCGAUCCGCCUCCCGCCGACGCCGACGCCGCGCCGGCCUCCGCAGACCAGCUCGCCUUCGUCGCCGACGCUCGCCAGGUGGCCGCGCUGGAGGGGGCGGCGCGGGAGACGGUGCGCAGGUGGAGCGCCGCUGGCGCGGCCGCCUGCCCCCGCCUUCUGGACCUGUGCCCCGUUCCCGUGCUCGCCCAGCAUGUGCCGGCCGACUGGCACGUGACGGUGCCCCCAGCGGCGGCGGCGGCGCCCCCCGGCAGUCGCUGGGCUGCGCUGCUGGAGCCGGUCGAGUCGUGGUCGGCGCUGGCUGCCGGCGAGUGGGACGCGGUGCUGAGCGCGCCCGUGCUGCCGAGCGGCCGCCUCGACCCGGCCGUGAUUCGGACACUGCGCAGCGUGACGCUGGCUGAAGGCGGGCUGCUGGUGCCGGCCGCCCUGGACCUGGUGGCCGUGGCGGUCAGCAGCGAGCUGAUCCGGGACAUGACCUCCGUCCGCCCGGAGAACACGCUCGGCUUCGACUGCAGCGCCAUCAAUACGUUCAAGGUGUGCCAGCUGCAGGAGUUUCCGUACGGCUGCAGGGGCCUCACCUCGGACCUGACCGCCGUCACGCGCAUCAGCCGCCUCGACCUGGCGACCGGCGCCCUCACGCCCGGCCGGUUCAGCCUGCCGGUGACGGCCGACGGCGCCGUGCACGGCCUGGUGUUCUGGUUUCAGCCGGUAGAUGGCAGCGGUGACGCGCUCCAGCCUCCGCAGCACGGGCUGCAGAUGGUGGCAGUCCCCAGCGUAGCGCGCCAUGUCCGCGCAAGGGACGCUCGCGACGGCCAUGUGACGGGCUCGGUGCACGCCUCGGAUGAUGGCGUGUACAUCGCGAUUGACGAGUGUUUGACCUGAGUGACAUCUGUAGUCUUGUGCAGUCUGCACACACCAGCGGCGCGGGUACUGUCAUCGCGCGAAGUCGCACACUGGGGGGGAGGCAGGCAGCCGCCCCGGCGCUCCACUGCGGCAUUUGUUGCGCACAUCGCAUUUCCAAGGCAUCAAGCAGGGCUUCCGGGAGCUGACGCACUGAGAUAAAACGCACUGUCAAUCUGGUGAACUUCUUUUAGUGAGACUGUUGGAUUAGUCCCGUGUGGCAGCGUUG